UGCUAAAGGGUUUUCCCACUAGCUACUCACUCUCCUCUGAUUCUCUUGCUCGAUCUUUGUUUCCAGAUUCCCUCUCGUUGAAAUCUUGUAGUUAAACAAGGUUUCUCCCUCUGUUUUUGGAACCAGAAAUGACGACUUUGAACCCGUUCGAUCUCUUGGGAGAUGACUCUGAGGAUCCAAGCCAGAUUGUUUUGACUUUACCCAAGAAAGAGAAACCAGCUCCUGUUCAGCCUGCCAAGGCCGCUAAGUUGCCUACCAAGCCACUUCCUCCUUCUCAAGCUGUGAGGGAGUCAAGAAAUGGUCCUUCAGGAGGUCGUGGUGGUGCUCCUGGACGUGGGCCUCCUCGUGGUUCAUUUAACCCUGGUGGAAACAGACCUCAUGAUCCUAAGGACGGACCAAAAGAUGGAGAAAGGAACGGUGGGUUUCGUGGAUACCGUGAGAGUGGUGGUCGUGGUGGACACGUUGGUGGAUUUGCUAAUGGUAAAACUGGUGAUGUUGAACGUCCGAGGAGGGUCUAUGAUCGCCGUAGUGGAACAGGUCGUAGUAAUGACGUGAAACGUGAGGGUGGUGGUCGUGGAAACUGGGGUACCCCUGAAGAUGAUAUUCAACCAGCAACCGAGGAGACCACAACAGAGGUUGAGAAGAGCUCUGUUGCUGAGAAGGAAGGAGGUGAGGAUGCUACCACUGAUGCAAAGAAAGAAGCUCCUGAAGUUGAGCAAGAACCUGAAGACAAGGAGAUGACGCUGGAAGAGUAUGAGAAGAUUCUGGAGGAGAAGAAGAAAGCUCUGCAAGCCACAAAGGUUGAGGAAAGGAAAGUUGACACCAAAGUGUUUGAGUCUAUGCAACAGCUCUCUAACAAGAAGACUAAUGAUGAGGAGAUCUUCAUCAAGCUGGGAUCCGACAAGGACAAACGCAAAGAUGCUGCUGAGAAAGAAGAGAAGGCCAAGAAGUCGUUGAGCAUUAACGAGUUCUUGAAGCCGGCUAAGGGAGAGAGAUACAACCCAAGAGGUGGAUACCGUGGUCGUGGACAGAGAGAUGGAGGUCGUGAUGGUCGUGGACAGAGAGAUGGAAAAGUUAAUGGAGGAAACCAAAAGAAUGGAGGAGCUCCUGCUCCAGCUAUCGAAGACAGUGCUCAGUUCCCAUCGUUGGGCAAGUAAAGACACAACCCCUUCUGGACCAUCAAGCAUAUCUAUCUAUCUCCACUCUCUCUUUAGUUUAAUUUUGCUGUUUUAGUUCCAUCAGUUUUUGUUACACUUUCUCUGCAAAACAAGUUUGGUAGGUUUGACUUUAUGAUGGAAAAACAAAGUUAUAAUCCUUCUGUCUCACAAAAUUUUAGAUCCUUCUGAUCUUAACUGCCCCUGUUGAUUACUGUGAUUAAUCUAGUCUUUUGAACAAGAAAUGUCUUACUGAAAAUGAAGCAUAAUUCGAAUUAUUUUCUAAGAUUGGAAAAACUAGAAAAGGUUUCUCCCUUAUUCGCAUGAAAGGGCUUGUUACUAUAAAAUUUAUGGGUUUCAAACUUGAAAAAUACAUCAAAUAAAGAAUAGCAAAGCUACAAAAUGAAAGAAAAAUGAUUCAACGAGUUGUCAAUUAUAGAAGUCUUACAUGCAAUGCAAACAAAUGAUAAUAAUGGUUGUAGAUGAUCCAAAGAGACUUGUUGGAG